AUGAGGAGCUGGCUCAUUGCUGUUUCUGGGGUGGAGGGCAGAUGUUGUACCACAGUCCCAGAUUCACUCAGAUAGUCAAGGUGUGUCUGCAGAGAAAGAGAGGCCAGAUGGGGCGGGCAUUCCCAGUGGCAGGGGAGCCAGUGCUGCCCAAGUCAUGGAGAGAGGAGGAAGAGCAGCAGCCCUUGAUACUUGGGCUGCUCUCUGCCCUUCUCCUCUGCCCUGGCUGCCCCCACAAGAGGCUAAGCCUGUAUCUAGAUCCUAGAAUGCGAGGAAUGUGCUACAGCCUGAUAGGCAUGUAGCAAUGUGCAGAGAGGCAGGGAGGAGCUCUGCUGGCUGGUCAGAGGCCUGACAGUGCAGGACUCUGGGGCCUGUGUGCUGGGCUGCCCCUCCCAUCCUCCCUAGGCCUCCUGCUGCAGCAAGGAUAUCAAAGGCUGCAUUGUGCAUUGAGCUGGCCUUGGUCCCUCAUGGGCCAAGGAGGAGGCGGGAGGAGGGACACCGUUCCGAAGAGGUUCUCCCCCUCCCUGUGCUCUUCUGGCUGGUGUUCCCAGGGGCCUCAUCCUGGGAGGAUGGUGCACACAUGGGUGGCUGCUUCUGCAUCCCUGGGGAGCCAAGUCUGUCGUGGGGCCCAGGUAAAGAAACUUCUUCCAAGGAGCCAGCCAUUUCUAGUGAGGCUUUGUCCUCAUCUGAAGAUAAGGAAAAAUGUUUCCUGCCACAGACUAUGACUCCAGACCUGACACUUUCCUUCAGUGUGAAGAGCCGCUCCAGGAAGUGUGUAAAUGGUUCCUUGCAGGAAGUGGCCAGGAGGCGGCUCUGGGCCCUGGAGAAUGAGGACCAGGAAGUGCAGGCAUUGUUUAAGGACCUCUCGGCAAGGUUGGUGAGGAUCCAGUCCCAGAAGGCCCAAUUCCUCAUCACUUUUAAGACUAUGGAGGAAAUCUGGAAGUUCUCCACCUAUCUUAACUUAGGCUAUGUAUCUCUGUGUCUGGAGCAUCUCCUGUUUGAUCAAAAGUACUGGCUCAACUGUAGACUGGUGGAGGAUACAGAAAUCCAGGUGUCCAUGGAUGAUAAAAAACUGGAAAAAAUGUACCUGGGACUCCUAAUACAGGAAGGUCACUUUGUCUGCAGAGCUGUGCGUUCUGUGAUUGAGCCAGCUGAAAAAGAAGGGGAGUGUCUGACACUUUGCAAGAAUGAGCUUGUCUCUGUGAAGAUGGCAGAAGGCGAGUCUGACUGGGAAGGCGUGUCCUUGAUGACAGGCCAGCGUGGUCUGGUACCUGUGUCAGCACUGGAGCCCCUGCAACUUCCUUUCCACCAGUGGUUCCUAAAGAAUUACCCUGGAAGCUGUGGCCACUGCAGAAAGAGGGACUGGACAGGGCCCUAUCAGAUUGGAAGAGGAAAAUGCAAGGCCUGGAAGGACUAUGAAAAGGAGGAGAAGGAUGAGCUGACCCUACAGCAGGGAGAGAGCAUCGAGAUCAUUGGCUUCGUCAUCCCUGGUCUUCAGUGGUUCCUUGGGAAGUCCUUGUGCUCGGGAGAAGUGGGCUUCAUCCCCACCAGGAACAUAGAUCCAAAUUCCUAUUCUUCCAUGAGCAAGAACUCUGCCUUUUUAAGUGAUGAAGAAAGAUGUUCCCUGGGGUUUCUGGGAAGUGACAGGAAGGCAGAAUGUGCCAGCUUCCUCCACACACUUGCUCACACAGACAUAACGUCUGUCUACCGGCUUAGUGGGUUUGAAUCCAUCCAGAACCUUCCAAACGACCUGAGUGCAUCCCCACCCAAAGGCUUCAGGGAGGCCAAACCUGGGGUGGCCUGGGAGGAGCGUCAGGCCCGGAGCUUCAGAAGGUCCAGCAGCUCCGAGGAUUCCAGUCUGGAGGGGGAGCUACUCUCGGCCACUUCGGAUAGCUACCACCUGCCUGAGCCUGAAGACCUCGAUGACCCGGAACUACUUGUGGACCUCAACAUGGGUCAGGAGGAGGAGGAAGAGGAAGUGGAGAACUUCGCUCCACUGUUAUCGUUUUUGGAUCACGAAGGUUACGCUGACCAUUUUAAGAGCCUCUAUGAUUUCUCCUUCUCUUUCCUCACCUCUUCCUUCUACAGUUUUUCCGAGGAGAUGGAGCUGGAGGCCUACCUGGAGGCCUGCCGGAAGUGGGCCAAGCGCAAUCACAUGACCUGGGCGCAUGCGCGGCUCUGCUUUCUGCUGGGCCGCCUGGGCAUCCGGAAGGUCAAACUCUCUCAGGCCCGGGUGUACUUUGAGGAGGCCAUUCACAUUCUCUGCGGGGCUUUUGACGACCUCCCUUUGGUAGCUGCUCUGUACAUCAACGUGGCUGCCAUCUACCUGAGGCAGAGGCUGAGGGACAAGGGCUCAGCUCUGCUGGAGAAGGCGGGCGUGCUGCUGGCCUGCCUGCCUGACCGAGAGUCGAGCGCCAAGAACGAGCUGGACGUGGUGGCCUAUGUGCUGCGUCAGGGCAUUGUGUCGGGCAGCUGCCCCCUGGAGGCCAGGGCCUGCUUCUUGGCCAUCCGGUUGCUCCUGAGCCUCGGCCGGCAUGAGGAGGUCCUGCCCUUCGCUGAGCGUCUGCAGCUCCUGUCUGGUCACCUUCCUGCCUUGGAGGCUGGGACAGCCAUCUUGACUUUUCUCUAUGACAAGAAAUAUCUCCCUCACCUUGUGGUGGCUUCUGUCAGGCAGCGUGGUGCCCAGAAUGGCCAGGGGUUGUGUCUCCCCAUUUGGCAGGCCCACUUGGUUCUCCAGAACACCACCAGGCUCCUUGGGGUCAACUCCCCAAACUGGGGUGAGGUGUCCCCCCUGGCCUGCCCGGCACUCAGACAGGCGCUGGAGGCCUGUGAGGAGCAGAAGGACCGCAGCACCCAGAGGGCCCUGUGUCUUAUCCUGUCCAAAGUGUACCUGCAACACAAGUCUCCUGAAGGUGCUGUCUACUACCUGAAGCAGGCCAUGGUGCUAGGGCAGCUGCUCAGUGAGCAGGAAGCAUUUGAGUCCUCUCUUUGCCUGGCCUGGGCUUAUCUCUUAGCCGGCCUGCCCAAGAAGGCUGUGGACCUCCUGGAGCCACUGUCAUACUCCCUGAAGGGGACAGAAAGUGUCACCCAGAAAGGGGUGGUCCAUAACCUCUUGGGACUUGCACUUCAAGGUGAAGGCCGGGUAAAUAGGGCAGCUAAAAACUUUUUGCGUGCCCUGGCUAGAGCCCAGGAGACUGGGGACUUGAGGAACCAGGCAGUGGUUUUGGCCAACCUUGGUUACCUGACUUUUAAAUCCUGGGCUCAGCUGCUGGCCAGGGAUUACUUCCUACGGGCUGUCCAACUCUACCUGGAACUCCAGGCCAGUGUGGAGACAGACAUGGAAUUAGUACAGGUGCUGCUCUGGUUGGCCCAAGUCCUGGUGUGCAGCUGCCAGCUGGCCAGUGGCCGCCUCUGCUAUGAAAUGGCCUUGCUGUUUGCCUUGCGGCAUCAACACUUGAAGGGUCAGCUUCAGGUCACCAAAUCCCUCUGCCAUUUCUACAGCUCGGUGUCCCCAAACCCUGAGGCAUGCAUCACUUACCAUGAGCACUGGCUGAGUCUGGCUCAGAAACUUAGGGACCGGGAGAUGGAAGGAAGGCUGCUGGAAUCUCUGGGGCAGCUCUAUCGGAAUCUGAACACAGCCAGGUCCCUCAGGAGGUCCCUCACCUGCAUCAAAGAGAGCCUGCGUAUCUUCAUUGACCUGGGGGAGAGAGAAAAGGCUGCUGAGGCCUGGCUUGGGGCUGGUCGACUUCACUACCUCAUGCAGGAAGAUGAGCUGGUAGAACUAUACCUGCAGGCAGCCAUCCAGAAAGCCCUGAAGUCAGAGGAGCCCUCCCUGGCACUCAAGCUCUAUGAAGAAGCUGGGGAUGUGUUCUUCAAUGGGACCCGCCACAGGCACCGAGCAGUGGAGUAUUACAGAGCUGGAGCUGUCCCAUUAGCAAGGAGGCUGAAGGCAGUGAGAACAGAGCUUCGGAUUUUCAACAAGCUGGCAGAGCUACAGAUCAGUCUGGAAGGCUAUGAGAAGGCUCUGGAAUUUGCCACCCUGGCAGCCAGGCUCAGCACUGUGGCAGGAGAUAAGAGGCAAGAGCUGGUGGCCUUUCACCGUCUGGCUACAGUCUACUAUUCACUGCACAUGUAUGAAAUGGCUGAGGACUGCUACCUGAAGACUCUGUCUCUCUGCCCACCUUGUCUACAGAGUCCCAAGGAGGCCCUGUACUAUGUCAAGGUGUACUAUCGCCUGGGACAACUCACCUUCUACCAGCUAAAGGAUGCCCAUGAUGCCACUGAGUACUUUUGGCUGGCCCUGGCAGCUGCCGUCCUACUGGGUGAUGAGGAGCUGCAGAACACUAUUGGGAACAGGCUGGACUACAUCUGCCACAGCCCCUUGUGGCACAGCAGCUCCUCUGGGCACUCCUCUGAGAGAGCGCGGUGGCUGAGUGGUGGGGGCCUGGCCCUUUGAGGAGAGCUGGCCCAUCUUGGAUCAGUUGUCCUGUCGGGAAGCUGCCUUCCUGUGCUCACCUCUGGGCACUGACUUUAAGGACUUGUGUCAUGGUUUGGUCAGCUCCUUCUGUCCAUCUUACAAUGGCACGAGCAUAGUCCAGGGGGAGGGGACUCAUUCGAGGUCACACAGAUGGUGGAGGAGGAAUUGGAAGUCCUGGAUCUGUAUCUAGACCCUAUCUAGUAAAUGGUGGCCCUUCCAUACACAA